AUGACGGAGACUAUAGUUGAUCCUAAGGAAGCUUACGAGCUGAUCGUAAAAAAUCUGCAGGAAGUUCUUAAUCCUCAAAUCAUUAAGCAUGUUCUGGAGGUUGAAAAACGCCCUUUGAAGUUGUAUUGGGGUACAGCACCAACCGGUAAGCCCCACUGUGGAUACUUUGUUCCUAUGACAAAGCUAGCACAUUUUUUGAAAGCCGGCUGUGAGGUUACGGUUUUGUUAGCAGACCUGCAUGCAUUUUUGGACAAUAUGAAAGCUCCAUUAGAAGUUGUGAACUAUAGGGCCAAAUAUUAUGAAUUUGCUGUGAAGGCUAUUUUACGUAGCCUUAACGUGCCGAUUGAUAAGUUACGUAUUGUUGUUGGCUCAUCUUACCAGACGUCACACAACUUUACUAUGGAUCUAUUCCGUAUGUCUAAUAUUGUUUCUCAAAAUGAUGCCAAGAGGGCGGGUGCCGAUGUUGUGAAGCAGGUUGCUAAUCCAUUAUUGAGCGGUUUGGUUUAUCCUUUGAUGCAAGCACUUGAUGAGGAGUACCUAGGUGUUGAUGCGCAGUUCGGUGGUGUUGACCAACGUAAGAUCUUUGUGUUAGCGGAGGAGCACCUUGAAGCCUUGGGAUACAAAAAGAGGGCUCAUUUGAUGAAUCCUAUGGUGCCUGGUUUGACUCAGGGUGGUAAAAUGUCUGCUUCAGAUCCAAACUCUAAGAUUGAUCUCUUGGAAGACCCUAAGCAGGUUAAAAAGAAGAUUAACACCGCAUACUGUUCUCCAGGUGAUAUUGAGAAUAAUGGAUUGCUUUCAUUUAUACAAUUUGUUAUUGCUCCAAUUCAAGAGCUAAAGUUUGGCCCUGGCCAGUUCAGCUUUUUCAUUGAUCGCCCAGAGAAAUUUGGUGGACCUAUUACCUACACUUCUUUUGAAGACAUGAAGGAAGAUUUUAAGGAACAAAAACUUUCUCCACCAGACCUAAAAAUUGGUGUUACUGCUGCCAUUAACGAAUUAUUAGCUCCUGUGAGAGAAGAGUUUGCGAACAGUCAUGAGUUUCAAGAAGCUGCCACUAAGGGUUACCCUGUAGCUGAAGAGAAGGUUAAGAAGGUUAAGAAGCCAAAAGAUAAGGGUUCUCGUUACCCAGGGCUUCAAAAAAAUGUUGCAACUGUCGAAGUUAGCGAGGUUACCAAGGACCUAAACGGUUUGGGACUGGAGGAAGAAUAA